AUGAAAACUGUAUUUAAAAGGGCAACAACACACUGCAGCAACACAGAACUACACCAAAAGAAGAAGACGACCUCCUCCAAGUAUUCAAAGACAACGGAUGCCCGAAAAACUGGGUCAGAAGAUGCCUAUCACAUGAGUGACACCAGGAAGGUACUCAGGGUCUCUCUCUUUCCCUCUCCAUCUGAUUGUACUUACAUUCUGGGAUGCGAUGACUGGAUGUUAUGGAGGAGUGAAAGCAAAGCGGUUUGUUUAGAAAAGACAAAGGGAAGAGGAGAGAGCAGUGCUGGGAAGUGCACGAUGGUAGAGGAACCGCUGAAGGAGAUGCCAGCGCUGGCCAGCCUCGCCAGUCUCCCAGAGAAAGGCUCCGGGGACUGCCCAGCUCCAACAGCGGUUCAGCCCCUGAGCAGCCAGGGCCAGCUGGCGGCAGCUACCGGCGGAGCUGAGCUCUCCUGCUCCCGGUGUACUGUGCCCUUCGGCUUGGUCACUCUGAUCGCUGGCAUGGUGGUCACCGCUGUCGCAUAUAGCUUCAACUCGCACGGCUCCAUCAUCUCCGGCUUCGGGCUGGUGCUGCUGACUUCGGGGGUUCUCCUGGUUAUCUCCAGCGCCGUGUGCUGGAAAGUGAGACAGUGCCGAAAGCGGGCUAACAGGAGAGAGAGCCAGACUGCACUGAUGGCGAACACAGGCUUGUUGAUCUAAGGAACAUUUUAGAUCAGACCAUGGAGACUAACUUCGUUUAUCUUGCACUUCAAGCCUGUGCAAACCUUGGAGAUUUGCAACAACAAUGAUUGCGUUGGUUGUUCUCCAGAUUUGAUUAGAGCUGGUUUACGACAUCACUUCAAACCAUUGGCAGCAAACCUUCAAUAACAGGAGACCAACUUGCCCCUAUCUCUUUCUCUGGAGCCUUUGG